GGCAUCAGUUGGUUAUGUGUUGAUGGAUAUUGCCGUAUGGAAUGAAAUGGUUUUUUAUGAGGAUAUACGCAAGCUUCACGAGAAUGGUGUACACAAACUAUUUGAGUGGUCAGAAGCUGCUGCGGACGUAAAAGCAAGUGUUGAACGCAUCACUAAACAGUUUUUGGAUGCGGCCGUCAUUGAAUCGAUGAGCCCAAUGACGAAGAAUGCACCGAUGAAACUGGAAGGGUUUUACGAGUCUGUGUACAAUGCGAGGUGGCACCAUGUGGCGGAAGUUUCUGACGGCGAGGGGACGCGAAUGUAUUUGGGGGAGGGGGAACCACCGCAGCCAUGGAAGUACAAGGCAGUUGGCCCAACCCUCGAAAAGGAUGACGGUGCGGAGGAACCUGGUUCACCACGUCUCAGGCUGAUGGUGCUCACUUCGGACAAGGGAUGGCCGUACUCGUGGGAGGAGGAGGACUCCAUUCGUGACUGCUAUGUGAACUGUGAGGUGGAGCGAGUGUGGAAGAUCGUCAAAGGCGAUCUAACCGAAUUGUUCAGCACUCGCGUUGAGAUCGGCUUUGUGCCUGGGCGACGUGUGUUGAUUGGGACGCCCGGGAUGGGGAAGUCGAUGAAUGCCGGUUCGUACCUCCUCUACCAGCUGCUGCACCACGAUGCGGAGCAGCUCCCAAUGGUUGCGUACUUUAUUGGGAAUCGAACAUUUCUGUUUGACAAAAUCGCAAAAACGGUGUCAGUGUACAUGGGUGAGGCCAGUAUCCUCCGUAUUGUGGAUGGGUUGUCUAGGCGUGGUGUGAAAGGGUAUUGUAUCUAUGACGUGGCAAUGAAGGGUCAUCAACCGUCUAUUGGUUUGCCUUGCAAGGGAUGGGGCAUGAUUGUGGUGACACCACCAGAAAAAAACAACUACGAAUGGUGGGCGACUCGCAGGUGCGCUACGCGAAUCGUAAUUAAUUGUCCCGAAGAAAACGAUGUGAAGGCAAUGUGCGCUUGGAUGAAGCGCAAUCAGAUUCCGCAGGAGAAAGCGGAAUACUGGAAGGAGGUGAAUGGUCGCAUGAAUAAAGUGGGACCAAUUCUCUGCUUCAUCUUUGGCAAACAGGCAUAUGAUGACCGCAUUAAAGCGUGUCAGCAGGCCGUGGAUGGGAUGAACGCUUUGAAAUUCGAGGGUUACUUGGAUGUUGGAUAUUGUUGUUUGUCCAAUGACAGCGACUUGUCUCGAAAGCUUGUGAAGGUUGUCCGAGUACGACGAGGAUACAACAUUGAGUCGCCUCUGAAUGUACUGAUAUCUCCCCAUCUCGAACGUGAAACAUUGUCCAGGCUGGAGAAUGAAAUGAAGCAGUCCGAUUUUAUUUUGCUUGUUUUGAGGUUCUGGGAUUAUGUCCCACCAUAUCUUAUUGAAAAGUAUGCCGUAUCCGCAUUUUUGAAUGAGGAUUUCCUGCGUGCGAUAAGACUCAAAAUCAAGGAACUGAGGCCACCAGGACGAGGUGAGCCACACAGCUGUGCGCUGAAAGAGCACUCAGACACGAGCUUCACCAGAAAAGAGGUUCUACCGCCGCCCGAACGCCUUUCCAAUCCGGUUGCCAUGGACCACUGGGUGCUGUAUAAGCCGAAAGUACAAAACUUUCCGCUGGUGGACGGCUUUUUCUUUGUGGACACAAAUCCGAAGACGCUGGUUGGGCUGCGGAUGACUACGGCAAGUGAGCACCACAUCACCGCCAGCACUGUGAGGCGGUUCACUGAGUGCCUGGCGGCAUAUUUUGAGGGUUGGGACGAGUUAUCCCGAGACAUGUCGUGGGAGAUUAUUUAUGUGCAGCACGCAGACAGCACGCCGAUGGAGGAAUGGCAGAGAUGUGAUGUCGUCAAUUCCAAUAAUGUGGGCGACGAUGAAAACCGAGAGAUUGCGGCGUUCUGGAACGAAAAGGUGCGUCAGUACAUAGCAGCGGUAUCAUCCGCUGACGCCAGAAGAGGCGAAGUUCUCCGGAGUUGA